AAAAGAAAAACCCUAACUUUGCAUCAAGAAGAAAAGAAAAACCCUAACUUUGCAUCAAUCUAAAUCUAAAUUAUUGAAACACAAUCUCCCACCACCCAGCAGGGAUUGAAGAAAUGGGGAGGAAAUCGGGAGCGGCGGACUCGCUGGAGGAGCUUCGAGAGCUUUUUAGGCACCAAAUUGAGUCGUUUGAUCACCUCAUCGACGCCGGCUUGGAGACAUUGCUUCUUGGAAUCAAGCCCAUCCAAGUCCAUGAUCCUUCCACCAACAAGACUCUCAGGAUAUGGCUGGAUAGACCCGAAGUGUUCACACCCAAAAAGGAACAACUGUUUAGAUCCAUGAAAGACCCUCUGCUACCAUUCGAGUGUAGACAAGCUAAGAUUUCGUAUACGGGGAAGUUCAUGGCUGAUGGUUGCUUUCAGUAUGAUAAUGGAGCUGUUAUAAGAGAGAAAUUCAAUUUUGGACAGUUUCCUAUAAUGCUCAAGUCAAAGCUUUGCAACUUGAGUGGUGCAGAUCCUCAAAAACUAGUUGCCUCAAAAGAAGAGGAUUCAGAAAUGGGUGGUUACUUUAUCUUAAACGGGCUUGAAAGAGUUGUUCGACUUUUGAUACUGCCAAAGAGAAACUACCCAAUGAGUAUGGUUCGUAAUUCAUUUCGUGAUCGGCGGCAAGGAUAUACUGAUAAAGCAGUUGGUAUAAGGUGUGUUAGAGAAGAUCAGUCUUCAGUGUCGGUGCGAGUGUAUUACCUUCGUAAUGGAAGUGCAAGACUUGGAUUUUGGGUACAUGGAAGAGAGUACCUGCUUCCAGUUGGCAUUGUGUUAAAGGCUCUUGUUGACACUACUGAUCGUGAGAUUUAUGCAAGCUUGACGUGCUGCUACAGUGAGAAAUAUGGUAAGGGAAAAGGCGUUGUUGGAACACAACUUCUUGGUGAGAGGGCUCAGAUCAUCCUGGAUGAAGUUCGUGCUUUGUCCCUUUACACUCGCAUUGAAUGUCUAGAGCACAUUGGAGAGCACUUUCAACCUGUCAUGGAAGGAUUCGAAAACAAAAGUUUUUCUGUUGUUGCCGAAUCUGUUUUGAAGGACUACAUAUUUGUUCACCUUGAUAACAACUAUGACAAGUUCAAUCUGCUAAUUUUCAUGGUGCAGAAACUUUUUUCACUUAUAGAUCAGACUUCUGUACCAGACAAUCCAGAUUCCUUGCAAAAUCAUGAAGUCUUACUACCUGGUCACCUGAUUGCCAUUUAUCUCAAGGAAAAACUGGAGGAUUGGUUGAGCAAGGCCAAAAAGCUUCUUCAAGAUGAGAUCACCAACAAAGGCAAAAGUUUUGAUUUUUGCAGCUUGGUACAAGUAAAGAAGGUUAUGGAUAAGAAUCCGGCAAAACAGAUCAGUUCAGCUGUUGAAAACAUGUUAAAAACUGGUAGACUUGCUACUCAGACAGGUUUAGACUUGCAACAGAGGGCAGGCUUUACGGUUCAGGCCGAGAGGCUUAAUUAUUUACGUUUCCUUUCUCAUUUUCGUGCUGUACAUCGAGGGACUUCAUUUGCUGGACUUCGUACAACUAGUGUGCGGAAGCUGCUACCUGAAUCUUGGGGUUUCCUAUGCCCUGUGCAUACACCUGAUGGGGAACCAUGUGGCUUGCUAAACCAUCUGACUUGCACAUGUCGAAUUACAUCGUACUUCGAUUCACAAGGAAACAACAAGGACUUCUUUAAGAUAAGGAUGUCUAUUCUGAGUGUUUUGGUUGAGGUUGGAAUGUCACCUUCAUUGCCGAAGUUGGUUCAAGCUGGUCCUCCUGAAGUUCUUUCCGUUCUCUUAGAUGGUCGAAUUGUUGGUUCUAUAUCUUCCAGUGUGAUUGAGAAAGUUGUGGCUCACUUACGGAGAUUGAAAGUCUCACCUGCUUCAGAGAUUCCUGAUGACCUUGAAGUGGGAUAUGUUCCUUUGAGCAUGGGCGGAACAUAUCCUGGUCUAUACCUGUUCACAUCCCCUUGUAGAUUUGUUCGACCGGUGAAAAAUAUUUCAAUCCCAUCUACAGAUGACCAAAAUAUCGAACUUAUUGGGCCAUUUGAACAGGUUUUCAUGGAAAUAAAAUGUCCUGACGGUGGGGAUGGUGGAAGAAGAGAUUCUUUUCCUGCAACUCAUGAAGAAAUACAUCCAACCGGGAUGCUCAGUGUUGUUGCUAAUCUUAUACCUUGGCCAAACCAUAAUCAAAGUCCGCGUAACAUGUACCAGUGUCAGAUGGCAAAACAAACAAUGGGUUUUUCUUUACAAGCACUUCACUGCCGUGCUGAUCAAAAACUAUACCAUCUUCAGACCCCGCAAUCUCCCAUUGUACGUACAAGUACUUAUACAAAGUACAACAUGGAUGCGUAUCCAUCAGGCACAAAUGCAAUCGUUGCUGUACUUGCAUAUACUGGAUAUGAUAUGGAAGAUGCCAUGAUUCUAAAUAAGUCUUCUGUGGAUCGUGGAAUGUUCCAUGGACAAAUAUAUCAGACAGAAACAAUCGACUUGUCUGAUCAAAGUAAUAGGUCUGACCGAGUUCAGUCUGUAUUUAGGAGGAGUAAUGUUGACAGAUCAAUGCAUUCAUUGAUCGACUCAGAUGGCCUUCCUUACGUUGGUCAGACAAUAAAGCCAAAUGAACCCUUUUGUAGCAUUUAUAAUGAAGUAACAGGUGGGACAAGAACUAUGAAGCGAAAAGGUUCAGAACCUGUUGUUGUUGACUAUGUCGCUAUUGAUGUGAAAAACAAGCAGAAACUUCGGAAGGUCAAUAUUCGCUUUCGACAACCUAGAAACCCCAUUAUUGGUGAUAAAUUUAGCAGCCGACAUGGGCAGAAAGGCGUUUGCUCUCAGUUGUGGCCUGAUAUUGAUAUGCCAUUUUCUGGAGCUACGGGGAUGCGACCAGAUCUUAUUAUUAAUCCACAUGCAUUUCCUUCGAGGAUGACUAUAGCCAUGCUUUUGGAAUCAGUUGCUGCGAAGGGAGGUAGCUUGCACGGAAAAUAUGUUGACGCAACUCCUUUUUCUGGGUCUUUGAACGAGGCUAAGGAAGAAACUGUAUCAAAACAUUCCACUUCACUUGUUGAUGAACUUGGUCAAAUGUUAAGAGAGAAGGGAUUCAAUUACCAUGGCGUUGAGGUAUUGUACAGUGGGGUUUAUGGAACAGAACUUCCAUGUGAGAUCUUUAUUGGGCCCGUCUAUUAUCAGCGCUUGCGGCAUAUGGUCUCAGAUAAAUUUCAGGUCCGUUCCACAGGAAUAAUAGACCAGGUGACCCGACAGCCCAUCAAAGGACGGAAACGUGGUGGUGGUAUUCGUUUUGGGGAAAUGGAACGCGACUCCAUGCUUGCCCAUGGGGCAGCAUAUUUGUUGCAUGAUAGGUUACAUACGUGUUCGGAUUACCAUAUUGCCAACGUGUGUUCCCUGUGCGGAAGCAUCCUCACAACAACGUUCCUUUACCAACAAAAGCGGGUUCGUGAGAUCGGUGGGUUACCUCCCAUCAAAUCUUCCAGAAAGGCUACCUGCCAUGCUUGUCAUACAAGUAAAGGGAUGGAGACGGUUGCGAUGCCCUAUGUCUUUAGAUAUUUGGCUUCAGAGUUGGCAGCUAUGAACAUAAAAAUGACCCUCCAGGUGAGUAAUGGUGCGGGAGCUUGAGGUCCCGACAACAAUUUUGACAUUGAGGAUUGUGAAACUAUGUCCCAGUUUUCUGUUGUACAUAUUGGCUUUAGUUCUUUACUUGAUCAUCAAUUAAAUGGAGUCUGAUUGGCUCCUUUCUGUCCAGUGGACCAGAGAAGUUGGUCAUGUCUAUCAAUAUUCUUUAGUUUGCUGGUUUGCAUAUUGUGAAUUUUUUUUUUCCUCAUUUCGAGUUUAUAGCUGUAACCUGAUUUUGCAGAUGGAUUAGAGAUUUUUACCAUGCUAUGAAAUUUUAAUUUUAUUCUCCUUGA